AUGCAUCAUUUGGCGCCCACAAGCAGCCAGAUGGGGUUCCUACCAAGCAUGUAUACAUUCUCGGGCUCAGCAAGCCUGCCCGAAUCCGAUCUUAGAUCUCGGAGUACAUCUGGUCAUCUACCAAGUGGAGCCCUUUCAAACAACACUUGGGAGACGCGAUGCCUCAGGAAGCACAGGAGGAGAGUUGAUGAUGAAGGAUGUCACGCCAAAAGGAGGAGGUUAGCAGAGGAAACGGACAGUUCACACAUCAGCGCAUGUGUCGACUGGCCUCUUCCGAACAACGGACCGCCAAAAGACCACUGUGUUCCUCGGCAGCUUUGCCCAGGCUCUGGCAACCUGUCUCCAUUGCAUGCCUCUUCUCCGUCGCGAACCGAGACGGAGAGCACUUGCAUGGACAUCGAGGCGGCUCAGAGGACACUUCAGGAGAUUGAAAACCGAAUAACGCUGGAGGACGAUGACGAGGACCUUGAUGUGGAGCCGGACCAAAGAAGGCCGGUGUUGGUCAUCUCGGACAGUUUGAAGGAAGGCCUGCAGCGAGGCAUCAGCGACAUUCUUCCACACACCGUAGCCCAAUCUGUGAGCCAUUCCUGCAUGGAGCUGGUGCUGUGGCGGCCACCGGAAGACCCCUUUUGUCGCAGGUUAAAAGGCUCCUUACAGAAACAAAGGAAACAACAGAACGUUUUGCGACAGCCACCAACUCCUUGCCCUUCGCCCACCCCUCACAGCGCACCUGCCGACACGCACGGUCCUCUCCAGAACUUUCCAGACACAGAAAGAUGCGCUGUAGAGGACAUGGAGAUGUAG